GUCCAGCUAUUUUUCGUAUGCUGAAUAAGGUGCUUGUUCUAACAGAAUUCGUACCAUAACACAAACGCGGACACACAAACAUCAUCAAGGAACGAAUGCGUUCCUCGAUUGCCUUAACCAAUCGCGCUAUCUAAUCUGCUGGAUUAUGCAGCAUAUCUGUUUUCUUUUGUCUACUCCGUCAUGUUUGAAGUGGACUACUUUGUCUCCAGCGCAGCAUGCUGCUGUAGUAUGUUUUACCACCGACCCAAACGACGUCACCUGAUCGCGGCAUUUGGGGAUUGCAGAACAGCGGAAAGCGCUUAGACGGCAGAUUGCUGCAGUUAGCCGAGUGUGCGCGUUUGAAGCGUGUGUCUGUGGGAAGAAUCUUUAUCCCGAAGUUUGAGGGUUUUGUUAGCACCAUGAGCAAGUUAUUGUGCAGUAUCAGAGGUUCCAAACGACGUCCUCCACGGAAGACCAGCGCUCGCGACGAGAAGCCGGAAGGAGAAGAUGCACAACGAGCCCAACAGCAAACGGACUUUCAAGACGAUGCCAAAGAUCUUGAAAGAGGAACCCCAUUAUGGAAAAUCACCUCCAAUAAAAAAGUUUAUCAGCGGAUCUUCCGGCUGGAUGCCGACCACCAAACGAUCCAUUACAACGAUAUCGGUUCCUACCGUUACGCUGUCUGCCAGAGCCGGCCCCGAAUAAUUGAUGUCGGACAGAUUAGGGAAGUCCGCUGCGGAUACAAGACCGAUGUGUUCCAUCUGUGCGAUGAUGAUAAAAAAUUUGUUGCCAAAUUCCCGGAAGAUCGCUGCUUCGCCUUUGUAAUGGGCCGCGGGAAGACGGUGAAUUUGGUGGCACCUUCUGUUGAUACGCGUAAAAAGUGGGUCAAUGUCGUGGAACAUGUGAUUGGGAAACAACAGAACGAAAACCGGGAAGCGCGGUUAGAAAGAUUUUUGAAAAAGCAGUUUAUUUUGGCGGAUACAUCCGGUGAUGGAUUCUUGAAUUUGGAGGAAUGUAUGAAACUGCUUAGCCAUUUGAAUCUACAGUUCACACAUGAGAAAGCCAAAGGAUUUUUUCUGUCAGCGGGAGCCAAAUUUCAUCACAGCGAAGACGGAGCUUCGGUUUUAGUGUUAGACGCCGAUGGAUUUCACCAGUUCUACCGGCUUUUAUCAGAACGUCCAGAUUUAAAAAAGAUUUUCCAAGAGCAUACCGCAGAGAAAUCCGCCGGUGCAGUGUGGAGUUUAUCAAAUUUGCAGACAUUUCUGCAAAACACCCAGAAGGAAGCCGAGCGCAGCGUCGACGCCUGCGAAUAUAUCAUCAAGACCUUUGAACCGCUCGAGGAAAAUCAAGCACGCAACGAACUGAGCCUACAAGGAUUUCGGAAUUAUUUGCUCAACCAGAAACAGUUUCUCUUCAACAGCCAUCACCGGCAAGUCUAUCACGAUAUGACGCAUCCGUUAAAGGACUAUUUCAUAGCGUCAUCGCAUAAUACAUACCUCAUGGCAAACCAGCUCACCGGAAGCAGUAGUGUCGAAGCGUACGUGCUGUGCUUACUGCAAGGAUGCCGUUGCGUGGAAUUGGAUUGCUGGGAUGGACCGGAAGGUGAACCCAUAAUAACCCAUGGACGAACUCUAACGUCAAAUAUUUACUUCCGUGAUGUUGUAACUGUGAUCAAAGAAUAUGGAUUUCGUACUUCUCCGUAUCCCGUAAUUUUAUCAAUCGAAAACCACUGUUCGGUAGAGCAGCAGGACGUUAUGGCUAACCAUCUCAACAAUAUCUUAAAAGAGAUGUUAUACUGCGAGUCACCUAAGGACAGCGAUAAACUGCUGCCAUCCCCGGACAGCCUGAAAGGUCGCGUCAUACUGAAGGCUAAAAAGAUAAAACCGCUAGGGAAAACCGAAUCCCUUCCCUCGGAAGGGGAUGAUGAUUUAGCGAAAUCCGCGGUGGACGGUACCGAUAUCGAUGCCCCUCCGGUGACCAAGAAGGAUAAACAACUACAGCUUAAAAUUUCGCAGAUAUUGUCAAAUGGAACAUAUUUACACGCGGUCAAGUUUCGUGGAUAUGAUCAUUCGAAAACGUCAGGAAAAUUUUUCGAGAUGAGUUCGCUGUCGGAAACGAAAAGUUUGAGCUUAAUCCAAGAGAGCCGUUCUGGAUUGAUUAGCCACACCCGUCGGCAGUUGGUCAGAAUUUACCCAGACGGACUGCGCACCGACUCUAGCAACUACGAUCCGAUUCCCAUGCUGCAUGCCGGCUGCCAGAUCGUCGCUCUUAAUUACCAGGAUCGUCGAGCAGAGACCCAGGUGUACAAAGCCAUGUUCCGGGAUAACGGCGGCUGUGGAUAUUUGCUCAAGCCGGAAUACCUGCGCAGCGAAGACAUGGAUCCCGAUGAGUACAACAAUCGCAUCAUUCCCAUUAAAUUACGCAUAACUGUCAUCAGUGCACAGCAGCUGCCCAAACCUGAUGGCAUUGAUGGACAUGAUAUCACCGAUCCUUAUGUGACACUGCAGAUUUACGGCUGCGCUCGGGAUUGCAAGAAAGAAAAAACAAAGUACAUAAGGAACAACGGAUUUAAUCCAUCAUGGGAAGAGACUUUCACGUUCACGAUACAUGAUCAAGAAAUGGCUGUGAUGCGUUUCGAAGUCAAGGAUUUUGAAACGAGCUCAGUCAAUGAAGUUAUUGCACAUUAUACCAUACCAGUCACCAGCAUGAAAGAAGGCUACCGGCACGUGGAAUUAUUUGAUAAACAGGAUGCUCCUCUUGACCCGGCCACGCUAUUUGUAAAAGUGGAAAAAGAACCAAUUGUUCCUCAACAGCUGGAAACGAUUUAAGACUUAAUUCGUUAGUUUUUUAUUUUGCAGUUAGUAAAUUAUUUUAGGGGUACCGUUUUGGAGCAGAUCGCAAAACUAAAAGACUGUCAAAGGUUGUGUUUUGUAUAAUGCAGAAAAUCGUAUUAGUCAAUCCAUCUGUGAUUCAGAGUUUUAUGCUGCAGUUUAGUUUAUCGAUAUUUCGAUUUUCAUAAUUUUCAGUACGAUGUUUUAGUGUCUGCAGAUGCACAUGUGAAUAAAUGAAGUUUCUGA